ACACUCUACGAGAUCUCUUGUUUCUUUGACGUGCUGCUUGAAAUAUCUAAGUCCUGCGAGUUGAAUCCGGCGGCUGAGAGGUCGUGGGCGGAGCAGCUGGAUCUUGAACUCCUCCGGCGACAGCACUUGUUGGGGUCCCGUAAGGGCGAGAACAGCUACAAGUCAAGCCUAGACCUGACUUGCUAG